AUGCUGUCCUCUUCAGGGAUAUACAACACCUUAGACCGCUUCGUAAUUGUGGACUCAAACAUUUACUGCGACAACACUGACUAUUAUGACCAUGAAGGGGCAGCUUCCACUCUGGCUGCAAUGAACGGUAAAAUGCUCCACGGAAGAAAACUGAAGAUUGAGUGGGCAAGUGACAGUACCCGUCGAAAAGACUAUGUCAUCUUUGUAGGAGAUCUGUGCUCAUCAAUCGAUGCUGUCAAGUUGAAAAAAGCGUUUUCUACGUUUGGAGAAAUCUCUCAUUUUUUGGACAUUAAAAGACCAUUGCGCAGUCGGGCAGGUCGCUCCCUUAAAAAUAUUGAGGCUGUACAUGAUAGUGUAGAAGACAACGCAAGAACAUCGAUUCGUCGGCGUAGUCAGCAGUUAUGCCUAGCUCGGAGCACAGCACAAAGAAUUUUGGUAAAAAACCUUCACAUGUGCCCUUACAAAAUCCAACUCGCACAAGAGAUCAAGCCAAGAGAUCCCGCUAAGGUUGUUGAAGAAAGUGGGAUUUAUGAUGAUAUCAUCCAAGAAGGGUUUGUGGAUUCGUACAACUUGACCAUCAAGUCAGUGAUGAUGCUGAAGUGGGUGCAGCAGCAUUGCUCAUCAGCUCGGUUCCUGAUGAAGUCAGAUGAUGACAUAUACCUGAACCUCCCAGCUCUAUCGGAGGCCCUACAACCAGUUGCCAAGAGAAAAACCAUUCUCAUCGCUACUGUCGCUAGAGCCGCGAGCUGCAGUCGCUGGGUACUGCUCCAAGACCAGUCUGGAGCGACAGUCGCUUAG